AUGAAGCUCAAAGGAAUACUCCACGCUCUUUUGGUGCUAGGAGCUUCUGGGGUAGUCCUGACAGACACGACCCACGAUUCCAGCGGACUCUACGAUCUCGAACUUCACGACGGAAAUGACGCGACAAUCCAGAAAAAUUAUAAAGGAUGGGUGAACCCCGAGGACCUUCCUCCUAUGCCACAGUGCAUCGCUCAGCAAGACCAAACCGGCUGGUUGAGUGCCAUGACAAAAUGCACCAGACAUCGAUGCACCCACUGGUUCAUUUUCUGUACGCACUAUCAGUGGCUCACUGAACUUAGCUGUCUCAGAAAUGAAUUCUCCCCGAGUACCAUACAACGUUACAUUUCGUACUGCAGUCGGUCGGUACUCGCCGAAGCACAACUGGCCGAAUGGAUACAGCACAUCACUGGUCGGAAUUGGCUGGUACACCUCGGCGACACCAAUGGGUUACAGAGUUUGUCCCCCAGAAGCUUGACGCAAGGAUUCAAGACCGUCAGCGUUGAAGAAAAGGCACCUACGUGUCUCAAAAAAUCGACAUCGCAAAUCAACGAGCCGUUUGAACAUGUCAUGGCAUCUUGCGGUUUCACAAGCACAACACUUCACGAGGGGAACGCAGAUCGACCCUGGGAAUACAGCACGGCUCGAAAAUCCAUGACUGCCCUUGGCUUUGAUACCGCUGGGUAUGACCUAACCAACUCGCACAUACCUCUGGGCGAGUAUUUCGACAAAGAAUGCUUUUGCAAUUAUUUCUCGAUCGACCCCAAGCACGAACCGUGUUCGGAUCAGCUCGACUUGGCAAAGGAAAGACUAUGGCUGCAUGCCAUAUGCGGAUCUUCACAACUGCCUGUGAAUUGGAAAAAGUCAUUGAAAGUUGUUGGAGAAAACUAUAUCCCGACUUACAGGUGGGCGAGUUCUUCAGACCUGCCAGACCUCCCGCAGAGCAUCCCAGAACUUUCUGAACAGUGUCGAACUGAGGCGUGCAAUACCGACCCCGAAGGAUUUUGCCAGGUAGAGUCCGCCAUAGACAGAACCUGUGUUUGUGGCAAACUCGACUAUAGUCUUUGUCAAGGACCUUGCCAAAACUUCGAGUCAAGAAAGAAGUACGUUUGGUGGCUGGUAGAUCUCUGCGAUGAUUUUGAAGACUGGCAUGGGCUGCCCAAUGACUGGCAUGAACUAUUGGCACCUCGGCCUCGCGACAUGAUCCCAUGGCGUUGGAUUUUGAGACCAGAAAGCGACAGAGACAUAAACUGUCCGUCCUAUGCAGCGAACCUCAGCAGCCUUGCCUUUGUCAACAUAGCGAUUGCUCUUGCUGUGUACUUUGGCGAGAGGUUCUCUCGAAAUGUCAAGGCUCCCGAAUCUCCCCCACAAAGUCCAGCUUGGGUCCUCCGAGGACUUGUACUUGCCAGUGUUCAAGCAGCAGGCCACUGGAUCGCAAUCAAUACUAUUCAGAGUACACCAGGCUAUGAGAGUGUUCCUACAUUGCAACUGAUACUUCUCUUGUGCACAAUGCCCCGUCUUGGCUGGCUCGCGAUAGCACCGAAAGAAAUUCAUUGUUCCGAAUCAAAAGAUCUGACCGCGGCAUGUUCAGCGCUCUACGCGGAGGGUUUCCUGCAGAUCCCCAACUUGUAUUCAAUGACUACGGUUUUGAAUUAUGGAUUUCGCAAUGGUUUCUAUUUCGGUGUUUUGCCUUAUACAGAGUUGGGAUACUCCGCUUGGAUGAUGUACGGCGGAGCGCUCCUGUGGCUCGUUGCUGUUGCUUUGAUUGUUGUAAUUGUCAUCCGAAUCCUGCGUCCAGUAUUCGCCACCCAUACUCUCAUAUACACAGUAUCAGAGGACCUAUCCAAGUGCGAUGGCAAUAAAUGCACAUCAACAAAUGAAAGAGAUGAAACUGGUCACUUGUUGAUCAAUCCUGAGUACAGCGGUUUAGGAGAGAGGCUCAGAUAUGGCACUAUACCAGAGGUGGCUGGGCCCAGUCAACCCCCCAACAGUCUAAGGGAGCCUCAUCUGAGUCUGUACGUUGUUUUGACUGCCGGCUUUCCCGUGAUAUUCCUAGCUCAAUGUCUCUUCUGGAUUGGAUUCGUUCGUGUUAGUGGAGCCAAUUACUGCCCUCCCUUACUUGGUAUCUUAACCUCCGUAUGGACAGCUUCUUCACUGAUUCAGGUCGCUCUCAAAUUCAUUAUCUAG